ACGAGUUAUUGCAUUGAGCCAUUGAGUAGAUUAGCAUUGUCGUUUGCAGUCGUUUGAUUGCUUUCCAUACAAUCUAUAGGUGAUUGAAGGCAAUCCUGCACACUGUUUAAUCAUCUUUCGUCAUCAUUCACAGAAUAUGCAAUGAAGUCGCAGUAACAACAAUCAACUUUGAAGCUACAAUUUUUUCUGGCCGCAAAACUCACCACUGCAUUUGGAUUUCGGAUACCAGGAUGGGUGCGUUUGGCCAUCGAGGUAGUCGCAGUGACAGUACUGCAAUCCUGUCCAAUUUUGCUUGACUGCAGCUACGGUAGUUGAUUUCGAAACGCACUCGAUAUCACCCCUCCCCUGAAUGUACCAUAAAAUUCGAAUCAAAGUUUCUCCUGCUCAUCUGCAAGAUCUAAUUACGAAAAAUGGAGGAUGAUUAUUUCGGAAAGUAUACGCUAUCGAGUGACACAAUAGAGAAGCUCAAGGGUAUCAGGGAGACAUUGCAAGAGAGUGCAGGAUCCUCUAACAGCGCCUGGAGAACAUUAUUCCAUGUCGAGGAUGAUACUGACCAUUUUGCGAAUCCCAUCGAAGACGUUCCCAUGGAAAUCGACAAUGAAUCUUCCCCCAAGUCUCAAGUACCUGACGAUGAUGGGGAGCUACCGUCCACCCAAUUCUACUUCACACAGACAAAACCCAGGGAGAAUAAUCGUUCUCCAUCGACACGAUCAACGACGAAGUCAAUAUCAGAUAUCGUGAAGUCCCUUUCUGAAACGCUGGAAGCGAGGUGUUUGGAUGCUGAAGACAUGAACGGUUUGACUGAUGCUAAUGCUGUUGAGAUCGUUGAGAAUUUGUCGAAAAGACUGAGCUCCAAGGGCGCUUACAAUUUAUGCUGCUCGGUUUGUGAUAUGGAGACGGGCUUGGGGACUUAUUACGCCAGAAUUGUCUGCUCGAAUCUGUUGUUCCAGAAGAUACUUCAGUUGGAGAAAAAUUCAAAUCGCAUUGAAACGUCAACAAUAACAAGAAUGGUUGAGAAAUUUCCUGAUGAUGUCAAGGAAUUCCUCGUAGUUCCACUUUUGAAUACAAAUUUAAAAAACACAAAAGUGGUUUUAACGCUGAUUAAGAACUAUCCUCCAUCCAUAAAGAAAGAGCUCAUAUCUGAUUUUGUGGAAAAAGUGAAAGAGCUCCAGCCCUGGCACCUGACAGUCCUGCAGUGCCUGAUCAAUACUCAACUUGAUGAGGACGUGAAGUCUGGAGUCCUAGCAUUAUUAGUUGAUAAAGCCCUGGCAUACGCAGAAGACAAAAGCUACAGCCAAUGCAUAUUAUCAUUCCUGAAAACGCAAUCGCCGUUCACUGAUGACCAGAGGAACAUGUUGCAUGAGAUGAUAAUUGUGCAUAAAACAGUUUUCAGAAAGCCCAUGAAGAAUAUGUUCAGUAAAAUGUUUCUUCAUCGAGAUUUGUGGCACAUGUCGUAAAUUGAAUAAAGAAUUAUUUUAUAUUUUUUCAA